AUGGCGCUGGCUGUUGAGCGAGUAUUAGGAGAAAGCUGGCAGUCUGCCCCCUACCCAGGAUGUCGAGAUGAGUGUUCUGCCGAACCACCCUUAAAGAGGAAGGCUGACGUCAAGUUCCUAAGAGAUGAAGCUGUAACUUUGCGGGCGAUGGAUGUGGCUCCGUUGAGAAAGAAGCUAAGACUCCCUUUUGUUGUGACCAAGUUUUCCUCGAAAGAUGUAUCAUAUGCUGAGAAGACUCAAGUAGGAACCGCUCCCUCGUCAUCUACUAGAGUUAAGCAUCUCAUUGGUGCAGACAGCAAGAAGAUUGGUGGUAUGCGAAAUGUUCAAGACAUUCAGCUCGUUUCCUACUGA